AGGGAAUACACUUUACAGGCACCAUGAGCCGGAGUAUUCGCUCGGGGGGAUUCGGAAAAUUCGCUACAGCCACGGGUUAUGAAUACUCCACGGGAAACCUUUAUUCGGCCGAGAGGACUACAAGUUUCACACUCUCGGUAUUAUGCGGACAGUAUCUUAAACAUAAAUAGCCUCUCUUACCCUCUUGCAUCCAUGAAUCACAAAGACGUCGGCCUCUGCUUACUUCAAUACCUUCAUUCUCAGUUCUUCGCCAGCAUGGAAGCGAAAAUCCCCCAGACUCAUCGAGCCAUUAUUCUCAAAUCAGUGGAGAGGGAUUUGAGCGGAGUUCAUCUCGAAAAUAUCGCUACACCAGAGGUGGAGACCGGCAGUGCCAUAGUGCGUAUCCUAAGUGCCGCCGUGCUCUCAUACCAGCGCGCUAUUUACGAUGGACGCCGCGACUACCCUCUCCCCACGCCGCUUGUCGGCGGAUUCUGUGCUGUCGGCCGAGUAGUCGCGUUGGGGCGCGAUGCGGUGGCUCUCGAAACCGGGCAACUUGUAUUUUUGGACUGUGUAAUUCGUGGGCGCGACGAUUUGGACGCAAUCAUUCUGUCCGGAAUCUCAGACGGAUUCAAUGAAAACGCCCAGAAGUUAAUGAGAGACGUGUGGCGGGAUGGGCUGUUUGCGGAAUACGCGAAAUUCCCAUUGGAAAGCUGCGUUGCUCUCAACGAAACAAGGCUUUGUCAUGAGCUGGGAUAUACAGUUCAAGAUCUGGCGUACCUUGGCUAUCUGUUAGUGGCCUUUGGUGGCUUGAGAGACAUCAAGCUUGAGCCUGGGGAGACCGUUGCCAUCUGCCCAGCGACUGGUGGAUUUGGCGGUGCUGGAGUACAAGUUGCCAUCGCCAUGGGCGCCAGGGUCAUCGCCAUGGGCAGGAAUGGACAGGAGCUGGAGAGGUUGAGAAAACAUAUUCUAUCCGGAACCCCAGGAGCUAGCAUUGAGACAGUCACGAUUACAGGAGACGAAAACGAAGAUUCGGCAGCGUUGCUAAAUUUUGGAGCCAUUGAUGCUGUGCUAGACUUCUCGCCAGCUGCGGCAAGUAAGUCGGCGCAUUUGAAUAGCGCAAUCAAAGCUCUUCGACGAAAGGGCCGUGUCAGUCUUAUGGGAGGCUUUCACGAUGGGCCGCUGCCAAGCUUUCGGAUCAUUGCAAAUGACAUUACGAUAAAGGGGAAAUUCAUGUACGAAAGGGACGACAUGGCACAGUUUGUCAGGAUGCUGGAAAGAGGGUUGUUCCCUAAAGGGCAAAAUUUUGUGAUUGCGAAGAGUUUCUCAUUGGACGACUGGAAAUCCGCACUUGAUAUGGCGGCUGACUAUACGGGAGCUGGAAGACUUGUUGUAAUUACGCCAUAGAAGUUUACGUUAGACAGUACGUAGGGC